AACAUUGAUCAACAAAUCGCAAACCCUAGAAUUCUAGAUUGACGUACAAUAUACAAUAUUUGGGAGAUGAAAGUUUGGGAUUUUGCAAGAAAUCGGACGGACUUGCGUAAGAAGCACGAGCUCUAUUGAUUUUAUUGUGUUAAGGAUGAGUUCUGUUGGUGAUGAAAUUGAAGCGCCCGAUGAAGAGAAUUCUAACGCCAGCGCCAAUGCGAAGCCCUUCUUUGAUGUUUACGGUCCCGAGGCAACAGCUGAUAUUGAGUUUAAGCAGCCAGAAGCAAAUUCAACCUUGAAUCUUCACGAUGUUCAAGGACUAGCAACUUGGGUGCUUGCUGACGGGUUCAUGCCGUCAUGGGUUUUUAUUAAGAACAAGCCUCUAAUUCCCAAAGUUGUCAUGCUUUAUGUUCCCGGGCUUGAUGCGUCGCUUUAUUUGUCACAGUCUAAAUUGUUAAAAGGUUUUAAAGAAUGCUGUGGAAAUCCCCGGGCGGUUUUAGCUCUCAGCUGUGUAUCAGAUGGAUUGCAGACUGUGGAUGCACUCCUUACAUGUAAAGUUAAACGAAAAAGGGAUGAAGUCGAAAAUAUUCAAAAGAAAGCAGUCCGGACAUCUUAUCAAGGUAAUCAUGCAUCUGGUACUGACUUAACAAAAAACUUGCCAUUCCCAAUUACCCACUACACAUUAUCCGCCAAGGAACUGGAUGACAAUGGAUAUAUUUGUAAAAAUCAAGAAUUUAUUUCAACGAGUCCUGCACCUUCUGGAACUCCGUUGCAUGAAAUGCUGGCAAUUGACUGUGAGAUGUGUAUUACAAGCCAGGGUUUUGAGCUUACAAGAGUCACGGUGGUUGAUAUUGCAGGAAAGGUAUUGUUAGAUAAACUGGUCAAACCAGCAAAUGCCAUCACUGAUUACAACACAAGAUACAGUGGAAUUACAAAGGAGAUGUUGGAAGAAGUAACAACAACCCUCGAAGACGUUCAGGAAAAUAUUCUUCAGCUGGUUCACAAAGAGACCAUCCUUGUUGGGCAUUCGUUAGAAAAUGAUUUGUUAGCUUUGAAGAUUCAUCAUGAACUGGUGAUUGAUACAGCCAUCUUGUAUAAACACCCUCGCGGCGGAUCUUACAAAACAGCUUUACGAGUGUUGACUAGGAAAUUCCUUUCCAGGGAGAUACAGGAUUCCGGAAAGGGUCAUGACAGCGUCGAAGAUGCAAGAGCUACAAUGGAGCUUGCACUGCUAAAAAUUAAAAACGGUCCUAGUUUUGGGAUGCCCUCAUCGCUCAUACGGAAGAAACUCCUCACCGUGUUAAGUGAGUCUGGGAAAACCUCAUCCUUGAUCGAUCAUGUUGCUGUAGUAAAAAGAUACGCCUCCGAGGCAUCUAAUUCCAUCCCGGUGUCCUCUGAUGAUGAAGCCCUUACAAAAGCCAAGAAAGAGGUCAAAAAUAAAAAAGUUCAAUUUAUUUGGACCCAGUUUUCCGAAUUAUUCUCCUAUUUCAAAAAACAAGCAGAUUGCGACGAGAAUCUGAAUGCAAAGAUAGCGGAGAUGAUUUCGCUGGUUACGUGCAGCAAGUCCGGUAAGAAACAGAGUGUUUGCAAAGUGACUACAGAAUUGAAGGAGAUUCUCAGACGGGUCGAUGACAAAGUCAGAAGCCUGUACUCAUGUUUGCCCCGCAAUGCCAUGCUCAUUGUUUGCACCGGCCAUGGAAAUACAGCUAUUGUACAAAAAUUACGUAAACUGCUUACGGAGCAGACAGAAACUUCAAUAUCCCGGGAAAAGAUUGUGGAAGUGCUGAAAGAGCUUCAAGCGCAAGCCGAAGUUGGCCUGUGUUUUCUCGGCAUUAAACACUGAUACAAGAAUGGUGCGACUGAGAUCAUUUAUGUAGUAAUUAGUUCAUAUUUCGGAAAAUUUUGAUGUGGAAACGCCCAGUCGAGAAUUGUGGUUAUAAUUGCUGUACUAUUCGAGCAUCAUAGCUAGUUGAAAAGAUCAUCUUCCUAUCCGAAAUGGAGGGCUCGGUUUCUUCUUUGA